GGGCAGACAUGGAUUUGCAGCCUUGUUCUCUCGUUUCUCCAUCUCCAUCGGUAAGUUUUCUCUUCUUUUCUCUCCUUCUCAACCUCUUCCUCCUCUCUUCUUCUUUCUUGGUUAAUGAGGCAAUAAAAUCUUAUUUGGCUAGAUCGAUCUAAUUGAAAUUUGAACCCAAUCCAGAUCCACACUAAUUGAUGAACUACCAUGUUUUCUCAUCAAUUUAUUUCUCCAACCAUGGCAUUCAAACUGUCGUAUGGCAUUUUAGAAAACUCUUUACAGAUCUGAGAAUGGAGAUGGUAGAUCCACAAGAAACAAGGGUGGCGGCGGCAGAUGAGGCGGCAGCGCUAGUGAAUGAGUCAACGGUGGCGACAAUGAUGGUCAAGGCGGCGGCGGAGAUGGCGUCGGCGGCGGAGAUGACGGCGGCAGAGACUGCGGCGGCGGCGGAGAUUGCGGAGGUCUGAACUAGCAACGGUGGCAGAUGCAUGUGGUGGGUGGAGUGUUGUACGUUCAAGAGAAGACCUUGUCUGCAACUUUUGUUUUAUAAUUUUAUUUAUACGGAGUAUUUGAGUAAAGAAAUGGGAGCUUUCAUUAAGGAGGGUAGAUUGGUCAAGCCAUUUAUUUUUACUCCUAUGUAAUCACAUGGAACAAUAGAGUCCUAGUUUUGCACUUUUGUUAUAUGUUACUUAGAAUUCUCUCUUCAUUUUCCUUUCUUCCUACCUCACUGCCCAUGGCGCCGACACCAUCCAUGCAAACCAGUCCCUCUCCGGAGACCAGACCAUUGUUUCUUCACACUUCGAGCUUGGAUUCUUCAAACCACUUCCAAAUACUACAUACGUUGGCAUAUGGUACAGGAACAUCGACCCUCAAACUGUACUCUGGGUUGCGAACAGAGAGACAGCCAUUUCCGAUAAGACCUCGGCAGAGCUGAGAAUGGUCGACGACAAUUUGGUGCUCCUCAAUGAGCUAAAAAUCCCAGUCUGGAACACCAGUUUAAGCUCCGUUGUCGCCUCCAGUUCCGUUUCCGCGGUUCUUCUCGACAGCGGUAAUCUGAUUUUGACCGGCGGGUCAGAUUCGGGUCCGACCCCCCUUUGGCAGAGCUUUGAUCACCAAACGCAUGCGUGGCUGCCUGGAGGUAAAAUUGCGUAUGACAAACGGACGAAGCAGAAACAUCUACUGACUUCCUGGAGAAAUUCCGAGGAUCCGUCACCCGGUUUGUAUUCUCUCGAAAUGGAUCCGAUUCAAAAACAGUAUCUCAUAAGGUGGAACAGGAGUGAGCAGUACUGGACGAGCGGACCCUGGAAUAACCAUAUUUUCAGUUUGGUCCCAGAAAUGAGAUUGAAUUACCUUUACAACUGUAGAUACAUUGAUAAUGCUAAUGAGAGCUAUUUUACUUAUUCACACUUUAGUCCUUCUAUAUUGUCAAGAUUUGUCGUGGAUAUCUCUGGUAAAAUCAAGCAACUCACAUGGCUGGAGACAUAUAAAGAAUGGAACCUGUUUUGGUCACAACCUAAACAACAGUGUGAGGUUCCUGCUUAUUGUGGCCCGUUUUCCACCUGUCAAAACUCCUUGCCCUUUUGUUACUGUUUAGAUGGUUUUGAGAAAACAUCAGACAGAGAUUGGAGCACUAAUGAUUAUUCCGGGGGUUGUACGAGGAAGACAAGCUUGCAGUGUGGAGAAAAAGACAAGUUUAAGCCAUUAGCUCAGAUGAAGUCACUAGACAAUCCACAAUCUGUAAGCGUUGGAAAUGGUUCCUUUUGUGAAUCUCUUAGUUUGCGAAACUGCUCAUGCACUGCUUAUGCUUAUGAAUAAUUAUGAUGUAAGCAAUGGGUGCUCCUUUUGGAUUGGGCAACUCCAAAAUCUUGAGAAGGUCACAUGCACAAGAUAGCGGUGCCGGGAAAACCGUCUAUAUUAGACUUUCUGCUUCUGAAUUUCCAAGUCGAAAAAGUGAAAAGGCGGCCCUCUGGAUUGUUGCAAUUGCAGGAUCUGUUCUUGUUGUCAUCUUGGUUCUGUUUACGGUAGUUUUCUUCAUUUUCUGGAAACGGCGGAGGCAUCUCAUUGGGACUUCGAAGGCGAUGGAGGGUUCACUUGUUGCAUUCUCUUGCAGAGAUUUGCAAUACCCAACCAAAGACUUCUCCGAAAAAUUGGGGAGUGGAGGUUUCGGUUCUGUUUUCAAGGGGGCGUUGCCAAUUAUCCGUCUUCUGUAAUUGUAGUGAAGAAACUGGAAGUAUAAGCCAAGGGGAGAAGCAGUUCAGGGCUGAAGUGAGCACGAUCAGGGCAAUCCAGCAUCUAAACCUCGUUCGUCUCCGCGGGUUUUGCUCAGAGGGGAAUAAGAAGCUGCUGGUUUAUGAUUACAUGCCCAACGGGUCCUUGAAUUCAUGUCUUUUUGGUGUAGAACCCAAAUUUCUCGACUGGAAAUCUAGGUACCAGAUCACAGUGGGGAUAGCAAGAGGAUUGAGUUAUCUGCAUGAGAAGUGCAGGGAUUGUAUCAUACACUGUGACAUCAAGCCCGAAAACAUUCUUCUUGAUUCCAAAAUGUGUCCUAAAGUUGCAGAUUUCGGUCUGGCAAAGCUUGUCGGGCGCGACUUCAGUAGAGUGCUGACCACAAUGGAUAACUGGUGUGGCCAUAACUCCUAAAGCAGAUGUUUACAGUUAUGGAAUGGUGCUCUUUGAACUCUUAUCCGGAACACGCAACUCUGACCAUUCCAGAGAUGGAAAAGUGAAAUUCUUCCCUUGAAGGGGUUUUGGAUGUGAAGAUGCCGCCGGUCCCUCGUCUUCUUCAGGUUUUUGCUGAUGGUGAUAGUGUCCAAGAACCCAUUUUUUACUUCACCCAAUCAUCGUCUUCUGGCCAAAGCCAAAGCAGUUCACAAACAUACAGCAAGGCUUCUACAAAUGCUUCUUUUUCUUGACCCAAAAGUGGAACUUCUUGAACUUGAUACAACUAGCUCUCUCAUAUGAUUGUUUGUUCUUGCUCUCAUUUUAGCCAUGUACGAAAAAAUUCUUCCUCUUUCC